UUUGAAGAUUUUGUGCUAUAAAAAUUUUGAGAAAAAUUAUGAUUUUUCACUUUCUUGAGCUUUUCUUGAAGCCCAAAUUGAUAAGAAAGAUUCACGAAAUACUCAGAUUUACUGAAAUAAUCUGAUUUCCUACUUGAAAACACCUUUUCUCAGGGAAAUAUUUUGGAGGUUACAACUAUAAUGACGUUUUGUUUUGUUUUCAAAACAAUUAAAAUAAGGCGGCUUUUUUGCAAAUUUUUCCACACUGCUAAUUGGAAUUGGGGAUAUUUGUUUUAUUGGGAAGAUUGGCAAGGUGGUCUUGUUGCAGAUUCCACGGGAAAGUGAUGAAAACUGUGCAGAAGUCCUUUCGGAAUAUCCAUGGAAAAGAGCUGAGAGUUGAAGUGAAUAAUUUCUCUGAGGCUACGGUCUCGAUUGCUGUGACAAAUGUGGAGAGUUUCCGGGAAAGGAAGCGAUUGCUGAUGAUUACAUUCUGCACAGGGGGAUUGUAUCUUGCAUUGGUUCUGGCGGAUAGGGUUGUGGGAUCGGUAUUUGGGCAUAUUUUUAUGUUACUGCUGACGGUGGUUCCUGUUUAUUUGGAAUUGGGCGUUGUUGAAUCUGAGACUGUGACCUUUGUUAAACACUUUGGUCUUCAUAAAAUCACCGAGUAUUCCAGGAAGAGAGUGGAAAAUCGCCUGAUUCCAACUCAUUCAAUCCACGAUAUUAUCAUUAAUGAAGUCAUUCAACGCCAAAGGGUGAUUUUUAUGCUGCAGAUCCUCCUACAGCCGGAAACGACGGUGAAUGAAAGACUCCUGUCGAUUUUUGAGAAAACGCAGCCAAAUCUUCAGUGCCUGGAGUUUAUAUACAAAUUGCUUCAUCGGAGAUGGGACAAAUCCUGA